AUGCUAUCGUGGCGGUUUCUCCGGGUUGUUGGGAGAGCGCCCCCUAUACUUUUCGUUGCACGGAACAACCGUUCUUUAGUUGCCAAGGCUUUUUUGACGAGAUCAUUAGCAAUGUCCUCGGAAAAUGGAGGCGCACCGACAGACGAAAAAGCCGCUGCUUUAGGGUAAGACGCGAAGUUGGUUUCUCUUGCAUCAUUUUAAUAUUAAUUGAUCGAUCAUUUAUUCCACUGAUUGUUCAUUUUUUUGGGUUUCAGUCCGGAUGGAAAGCCAUUGUCUAAAAACGCUUUGAAAAAACUUGAGAAAGAGAAAGAAAAAGAGAGGAAAAAGGCCGAAAGGGAGGCGAAGCAGGUUGGAAAAAUUCCUAAUAGUAUGACCAUAAUAAUUUUGCUAUUAUCGGUUUAGCACGCGGGGAUUGUAAAGUUUGCCCAAAAAUGGGAUUAAAUAUCGAAAGUGGAUCGGUCUUUGUGAUGAGCGAAAGGUGGGUAAAUACAUUCAGUAUUUGUUUGAUAAAAUUUCAUCUUUGCUUCCACUGAGUUUUUUUAAAAAGUUGCUAACAAUUGAAACCAAUACUCAGCGAAUGGGAGAUCAGUACAGAUUCUUUUGUUUGAAUUUUUGUCAAGGAAUUUUUUAAAUAUCUUUUCACGUUUUUGGAAUACAAUUCCAUGGUUGGUCACAUAAUGCUCUGACAGAUUAUGUUUUUAUAUAAAAUGAUUGUUAUGCUUUUUGGCCUCACCCGUGAAACCUAGGUUGCUCAAAAUUAUGCUUGCCUGGAGGAAUUAUGCUUCUAAUAUUAUGUGGAAUUAAAAUGAAGCAGACAGUCUGACUUUACAGAGAGGUGGGUGGGGAUGAACCAAAAAUAAAUGGUUUUCUAGAAAUAUAUUAAUGACUGGUUUUGUUUUGUGUCUAGGCUGAGGAGGCUGGCGCAAAAGAUGCAGAGGUAAGAUCUUUACUCCAUGGGAGGGGAUGCUCCUGGAAAAUUCCGAUGGGGUGUGCGGCUUCCCGGAACUCGUACCCUACAUAUUAGACCAAAAUACAUGAAUAUAAUUUUCCCUUUUCUGUAACAGAGCUGAACCACUCUUCUUGUUAAAAGAUACCCAGCGAAAAAAUAUAUUAAUUUAUUUAUCCAAUUUCAGCCCUGUUUCCAGGGAAAACAAUGCUUUUGUUUGUCAUUCUAAGAAAAUUUCACCAUUGUUUUGUAAAGUUUACGAUUUGUGGGUUAACUAAAUCAAAAAAAAUUCCCACACCUUUCAGAGUCAUCUGUAAAUCUGUAGAUUUUAGUUAUAAUAAGGAGCAAUUCUCACAGAAAAAGUCCAUCCUUUGGGCAACGGGACAUUACACUCUAGGAGCACGUUAAACAGACUCAAAGAAAAAGUGAUUCAUGGUUGUGUACCCACUUGUAUCAGGUUGUGGUGACAGGUUAGAAGAUUGUGCAGGCCAAUAAUCGGCAAUAGCAAUUAUUGUUAUUAACUCAGUAGAUCAUAUACAUGUAGCAACUCAUGGGAGCGAUGAUGACCCAUGUUUGACACAUCAAGGAGCUUUUGCAAUGAUGGCAGCAAAAGCAAUGAGGAUUUCAAAAAAGCAAUACAAAUUAAUGUACGUUUAACAAGCAAAACAACAACUCUGCACAUGCAGCACACUUCCUUGUUCACUUCAUUUCACUUGCUGUCAAUGCAUGACUACAAAGUGGAAUUCCCUCACAGUACAUUAUUUUUAUGGAGGACUUAAACACUGCACAACAAAAUUUUUUUCUCUUUUGUAACUUGGCUUCGGUACCCAAGAAUUUAAUUCCAGGGAGAUUAACUUGCAUUUGACAUUUCAAGGCACUUGAAAUAAUCACAAAAACUUUGAAAAAGUGGAAAACGUUUAAAUAGUGAUGUAUUUGCUGCUAUCGCUGUCAUCAUUGCUUAGGCUUUCUAUUAAUUCUCAUGCUCAGGAGGGGAUGGUAUGGUAAUCCCUGAUGUUGUGUAACAACUGCAAUGAUAUUUAAUUUUUUUUUCUAAGUGGAUGCAGUCCCAUUUUAGUACUAUAAUUGUGAAUUUUGGUCACACUAAUGUGCCCACAUUUUUGUUGUUGAAGUAAUGAAGCCCUCCAUACCCUGAACAUGCAAAGAAUCACAUUUUUUAUGUCAUACCAGUAACAAAUUUUAACAGUUUUUUCGUCUCAAUCAACAGGACUAUUCAAAAGAUCGUUAUGCCAUUCUUCCAAUGGCACAGUCGCAGGAGAAAACUUGUAAGUUUAUUUGAGUAAUAAUGUUGACAUGAUCUUCUUUAUUACCACUUCAACAAGUCAAAUAGACCUUGUUUGUUCUUCUGUACACAGUACAUGUAGAUCAAUCAAGUCUUUCUAACCUGAACACCGUGUGACUGGCACUAAAUUGUAGUAGUGGAGCUCUUUCUGCACACAAAAUGCUUGCAGUGGAGAACCAUGGGUAAUAAAAUUUGGUUAUCUAUGCAUUCAAGAAAUUUUGGUUGUCACAAAAUCAUCUGUCUAUACAUCCGUCCCUUCAUGUUAGCUGAUGUAAAAAGUGACACCCACUAGGUUGGAGUCCAGGGCAUUAUAUAUGUUGUGGUUUAAUUUUAUCCUUGGUUUAAUUUUUAUUUCCCUUUGUUUUUGGGCAUGGUAAUAUAUGAUAAUGAGUUUGAAACAAAGGGAAAUAAAAAUUAAACCAAGGAUAAAAUUGAACCACAACAGAUACAAUCUGUGUUUAGUUUGAGAUGGUGAAAGUUGAAUUACUUUAAAAGGACAGUUCUUAUAAUCAUGGGUGUUAUAGCUGCCUCAAAUGAGCUGGGAGAGACCACAAUGUGUCAAACUGCUCCCACCGACGUCACUGUAACGAGAUGCUUAACGGAAGGCAGUGCAAGUAUUUUCAUCACCCUCUGAUUCACACUGCCAGAGCACAAAACUCAGUGACUGCUCUAGAUAGCAAUUUCAUUUGUGACAAACAACAGGGAAGCAAUGCUGCCUAUCGUUCUGGUAGGGAUCCUUGGAUCAAAAAGUACUAACAAGCCCCAUGGGACACGCCCUUGUCCACCAUUUGCUGAAUGUUAAGAUUUCUGUGCCUAUCGACAUGAUUGACUUUUGGUCAACUGAGUCCAUGGGGUUGGCAGUCAAGCCUCGUAACUGCCAGACCGAUAAGUUAAGCCCAAUUGAGCAAAGGAAGGCAAAUUUUAUUCAAGAUUCCUACCAAGAGGUUGAAAACCAAUGGCUAAUUCUGUAUCGCUGGAAAAGGGACCCUUCUGCCCUACCAGACAACAGAUCCCAAGCAGAGAGAAAACUGGAAGCCAGUUAAUGGAGACUUACUAAGAAUCCAGAGCACACUGAAGCAUACAAUAUGCAAAUGAUGGAGCUUGUGGAAAUGAAUUUUGCGAGGAAGCUGUCAAAUGAAGAAAUGAUGGCAUACAAAGACCCAGUCCACUACAUCUCACAUCACAAAGUAGUGAGACCAGAAAAGAAGACAACUCCUAUCCUCAUUGUUUUUAACUCACCUGUGACCUAUCAAGGCGAUCGGCUAAACGAUUAUUGGAUGAACCUGAUCUGCUAAACAGCCUUUACGGAGUUAUCCUUCGAUUUAGAGAAAAUGAGGUAGCACUGGCAGGGGACAUUUCUAAGAUGUUCCAUAGAGUCCUUAUCCCUGAACAGGAUCAGCAAGUUCACUGGUAUUUACAGCGAAAUAUGGAAACUGAAGGCAAGCCUGAUGUAUAUGUGCUUAUGCAGACGCUGCGAAGAUUGUUUGCUAUCAGCGGCCAACCAGCUAUGAUGUUGAACGACAACAGUACGCAGUUAGUUGGCACAGAAUGUGAGCUACAAGAUAUGAUCAAGGGAUGGGAUGUGAAGCAGCUAAAGGAACUCAGUGCAGAAAAGGGAAUGAAAUGGCAGUAAUCUACACCAGCAGCACCACAUCAGAAUGGCUGCGCAGAAUCUUUAGUGAAGAGUACCAAGAUUGCCCUGAAAAGAGGAAUAGAAGAGCAAGUACUAACACCCUUUGAAUUGUACACCUGCUUACUGGAAGAACCAUCAUCAGUUAUACAAUUGCGAGUAUUCUUCAGUAGUGGAGUGUCGUAGUUCUCCUGCAAAACAAUAGUUGUCUGUUAAGAGAAAGAGAGUAUUGUUAGAGCUGUGAAUAUCAGUUAGUGAUUGGUCAAUGUCUGCCUGAAAUUGGCUCAUGUCCGAAAAACAAAAAUUAAAGGUGAACAAAGUUAAUAUCAAAGACUAUCAUUUUUCAGAUGAUUAAAGUCUUAUCCUCAGUGCUUGUACUUUUGAAUUGUUUACUAAGGAAAAAAAUUGUUGUGUUGAGUAUAUGGUGGUAAUAUUAUUCUACUCAUGUUUGCCUUGCCAAUUUUUUGCUAAAUACACAUAAUAAUCCCUCCAUGUUUGGGUUCAACCACAUUUUUGUUUUGUCCAACCAAAAUGGUGACUAAGCUGGACAUCAGUCCUUUCAAGAAGCAAAAUCAGGUGCAGCUCUGGUACUUGUGCUUCAGCGCUGUCUUUGACCAAGAGGGUAAAAUUAAUGAUCUAAUAUCAUGGAUGACAAAUUACUCCUUAAUUUUGGUGUGAAAUUCAGCCUUAAUUUGUAAUUUCACAUGUGAAAUUACAAAUUUGCCAUGGCAACCUUCCACUUGUCUCAGUGCCAAGAUGGCGGCAAAGUUUUAAAAAACACUUCAGAAAACCUAAACACAUGAAAGAGCACAUCAAGAACAAUUCUAACAGGUAUUUUGUCAAAACUUGAGCCAAAUUUAAACUCUAAACAUUUGAGAGAGUGGAGUUCUCGAUCGAUACGAUCCAGGAUGAACAUAAAAAAUCCUCGAUUGCUAACAUAAUUCAUCACCCACGAUAUUGAAAGGUAAUUAAACGGUAUACUCAUGAAAUUAGGGAAUAAUUUCAUUUGUGUUUUUUUCCAAAUCCUAAUAAUUUCCCUGCCUAAACUAAUUUCACUUGUCACCCUUUGAUUACACAUGCAUUUGUAUGUGGAUAUUGGGGGUUAAGGGGUCAAUGGACACCUCUGUGAUGUGGAAGUCGUCCUAAAAUGGACAACUAGGGUUUUGACCCUAUUUAACCCUUUCAGUUGCCCCAAAGGUGACCCCAUAAUGACAGCCUGAAAUGAUAACUUGUGCCAUAUGCAGUGUCAGAAAGUUUGAAGUAGAAGGCUGAGUUGUCGAAGUAAGUAUUUGAAAAACACCGUCCAUAAAGAAAUGCCAGGCAGAGUAGCGGGCUGAUACUAACCAAAUAGGCAGCAAUUUUCACCAGCAGCCUGCUACUUUUGACAACCCUGCAUAUGUUGUUUUUACAGCUAAAGUUUGGACCAAAGUGAAAGACUUGACAUUAGAGGCUGUUGGUAAAAGGGUCUUGGUUAGAGCUCGGCUUCACACUACAAGAGGAACAGGUAUGUUCCUUAUCUUAAGCUGGAUUAUUUAAAUAUUUCGUCCUUAAUUUGUUUAGUUUCUGGUACUGUUUUGAGUUUCAUUGCAAUUCAUGUUUCCUUUGUGAUAGGUAAGCAGUGUUUUAUGAUCUUGCGUGAUCGCCAGUACACUGUCCAAGGAGUCUGUGCUGUCAAUGAUGUCAUCAGUAAAGCAAUGGUGAAGUUUGCUGCAGGGUAAUGAUGUUUAUUUCUUUGCAAAAACAUCAAAACCAAGAUUUUAUUGAGCAAAAAGUAAUCACAUAUACUAAAGAUGAUCAAGUUACAAGGAGCAUAACUCGUCUCUGUAGUAUUUUGGAAACCUGUAUUAAGCUUCCACUUUGGCUGAAAGGAACAGUAACAACCUUACAGAAACCUCAAUGCAAAUAUCAUUAGAUGCAUGUAGAGUCACAACUUUACUCAAGUACAACCACAAACAAUGCUUAUUUUCCUUGAUUUCAUGUUGCUGACAGUAGACAGCAGAACAAUUCCCACAAUUUCUUGUCUCUUUGCCAUGCAAACAAUCCCAGGUUGGAGUCCCAGCUCAUAUGUUUUUUCCCUUGGUCAUCUUACAGAGUGGCUUUGAGGGUGUACUGACAACUUUUCAUCUCUCUCUGAAUAGAUACAUUUAUGACAUAUAGAUGUACAUUAAUUUAUGUGGUAGUUAAGUGUUAAAGACAAAGUACACUUUAGUUCUUUUACAUAUAACUCUGGGUUACUUGGCUCAAUGAUGCUCAAAUUGUUGUUUUUUUUCUUUUAAUUUAAUUUCAUUGGAUCAUGAUUUACAUUUUUACAGCAAUAUUCUGCAAAAAUAAAGCAGUAGCCACAUACGUGUACAUAUAGAUUGCCUUUUAUUUUCAAAAUGGGAUCGAUGAUUUUGUCUUAAGCAACACUGUAACUUCUGUACAUAUUGUGCUACAGUAAUAAAAGGUGCUCUCCUAACCUCUUGGCUUAAUUUUUUUUGACAGGAUAAACAGGGAAUCCAUUAUCGAUGUUGAGGGAGAAGUUAAAUCUGUAGAUCAGAAAGUGCAGAGUUGUUCUCAAGAAGAUGUGGAAAUCUCUGUUGAUAAGGUAUAUACGCACUGUUCAAGAAAAUAAUAUUCAGUUUUUUAAUCAUUUCUAUUAAUAACAAUAAAAAGUUGGCAAAUAAUAAUUUAUGGGAAAAUUGUGGGUGUGGCAUGUCUGUUAGAACAUGUAAAACAAUCUGUCUGUGUUCAUAAAUAAAUAAAUUACUUCUUGAAGACAAAAUAAUACAGAUGGAUCCCAAUUUAUCAAAAAGAAACAGCAAUAAUUCUUCGCUUCUGAUGUCGGGAUAUGCACUAUUAUUUUUUGCCUUGACAGAGUAAAUUCUAUGUGUAUUGCUUUUCUACCUAAACAAAAAUUUUCUAUCUUGAACUUAUUUCUUGUUGUUUCUAAGUAAUUUUUGUUGUGAUGGAUAAUUUCCUUCUACCCUUAUGUCAGAUUAAUACCAACAAAAAAAUAGUUUUUUAUUUCUGCCUUCUACGAAUUUAUGCUGUCAUGAACGAAUGACUUCAACUCUAAUUGCUGCAAAUUUUUGGCAAAAACGUUUUUCCCCAAAAUUGAGCUUCUCAAAUUAAGCUCGGAGAUGCCUUUCCUGCCCAGUUUUUGUAGUUUUAGGCCUGUUCAGUUAACAGAAAACGAUUUUGUGUCUUUCAUGACCGAUGAUUUUAUCAUAUUUUCUUAGAUUUUUGUGGUGAGCUUGGCAGAGCCUAGACUUCCUCUUCAGAUAGAAGAUGCAUCACGCCCUGAAACUGAUGAUGUAAGGAUUUCAUCUACUACAUGAGAUUCCCUGAACAUUGUGUUCAAAUAUUUAUCCCUGGCGUAUAUGUUGAAGUUCAAGUUUGUCCGUGGUUUAAAUUUUAUUUCCCCUUGUUUCAAACUCAAACUCAAACUUUGGAGGGGCUUAUAUUCGGAGGGGCUUAUCUACGGAGGGAAAUUUGUGUUUCAAAAUCGAUUGGGCUAGCUUUAUAGAUGGAAGUAAAUUUACCGUUUUUGCUUUGUUUUACUUUGUAUUUGAGGGCAAUUUUCCAAGUGCAACUCCCCGGGGGGCUUAUAUUUGGAGGGGCGAUUUAACGGAGGGUUUUUUGCGUUACCGGUUUGGGGGGCUUAUAUUUGGAGGGGCUUAUAUAUGUAGGGGCUUAUUUUCGCAAUUUUACGGUACCUCAGAACAAAAGAAAAUAGAAUUUAAACCAAGGAUGAAAUUAAACCACAACAUCCCCCAUAUUUUCCUCUGGUUUGUUUAUGGUAAUUACUGGAUUACUAGUCCAUCACUCUGAUUGGUCACUUCACCAUGCUACCUUCCCUAAGCCAGGGUUGCAGAUGAUAUGGUGCUGAUUUACCCUUAAAGCCCCAAGAUCCACAUACAAAUUCUUCAGACUGAUCUCCAUACAUUUCUUUUAAGAAUAGGUGAGAGAAUUUGGUUUAAGAUCAAAGCAUUCUCCCUUCUCUCAAUUUAGUAAUUCUCAUAACCUUUACUCUUGAUGUUCUGCUGAUGUUGUUAGGAGAAAAUUGAUGUUGGUCGCUCUUGGGACCUAAAGGGGUAAUUCCAUGUCUUCUAAUUCCAGAAUGUAGCCAAUCAAACACUCCAAUUUCAUUUGUUAUGGCAUAAUUAUGCUGAUCACGAUCUCACUGUUGGCAAUUUGUAGGGUGUGUUCCAUUGGGAUGAUCUGGAUCAGGAUCAGUGAUCCGAGAUCACUCGGAUCACUAUCAUUUCGGAUCAAACUUAAGUGAAUAUUUUUGUAUCAUUUCAGGAGCAAGCUCAUGUUAACCAGGACACCCGUUUGGACAACAGAAUUAUUGACCUAAGGGUUUGUUGUUAUUAAUUUGGUGUACAUCUUGUCAUGUUUAUUGAUUGUUGACCACUGUCAUUUAGGAAAAUGUAUCAUUUUUUGCUUCAUGUUGCAGACUGUUCCUAACCAAGCUAUUUUCAGCAUUCAAGCUGGUGUCUGCAAUUUAUUCCGAGAAUUCCUUACUUCUCAAGGAUUUAAUGAAAUACACACUCCUAAGAUAAUUUCAGGUUUGAUCUAUUUUUGUAAUUUAUUCUGGUUAAAAUUAUGCCAUCCUUAUUAUCCUCAAGGGCCAUGUCUUUAUGAUUAGGUGGAGAAACCCAGAAAAAAACAUUGGCUUUUGUCAAGCCACCCCCUCCCAUCUAUCCCAUCUUAAAUGCCCUCUCUGAAGGAACUUUAUGUUGAUGUGCUGUUGACCAGCAACUGAACUUAAUUGUCCCUCGGGUUCCCUCGCCCCUCAGCCAACAACAAGUCAGUGAAUCUGUUUGGGCAUCUUUAAUAAACAAACCGAGGCCCUAAGUACUUGAGAGAAGCCCCCAGGGUGGGAGAGAGGGAAAGAAAACAGCAACCUAAAUGACUGAGCAAUUAUUACUCAAAUCCCACCAGGGGGAGAGGGGAAGUAAAAAUAGUACUCGGUGUUUUGUAGAAGUCACCAUGUGGGCUACAUUUCCUGUAAAUAGCAACUAUAUGUCCUGGUGCAUAUCCCAGGGCUGCCAUAUACAUGCCAUACAGUAGAUACGUGCUGCUGUGAAUUUGCUGUGAAGGGUGUGGUUUUCAAGCAAUUACGUGUGGGAUAAGGUAUAAAAAUCAUAGAGUUUGGGUCUAGAAUAGGGUAUCAUUUUCCAGGAAGCUGAAAAAUUGGUUGAAAAUGUUAGUUUAGACCAGGGAAACUGGGAAUUAACACUCAAAAAUAUCAAAUUUACCCACAACUCAAAAUUGUAAACCUCAGUAGUUUUUGGGAAAUAGUGACUUUUGGAUAGGGUGGGAUUUUGGGAGUUUGGUCUAGUAUAGGAGCUUCAGCUGAACUAGCUCUGGUAUAGGCUGAGGAAUCCAAGGUCCCAGCAGCACAUCCCCCCAUAAAAAUUGCUAAAGUACCCCCCAAUACAUAUGCAUUCUUUGGCCAUUUAAUUAAUAUAAUGCUCAACUUGUUUUUUUUGUUGUUGUUGUUAUUUUAUUUUAUAGCUGCUAGUGAAGGGGGCGCAAAUGUAUUUGAAGUUACUUAUUUUAAAGGUACUGUAAGCUCUCAGUCAACUUGACAUAUUAAUAAAUUGUGAAAUAUGUUUAUUUUGUCGUUUUGUAAUAUGUGGUAAUGAAAAACAGUGUAACAGUGAAGUGAUGUUAAUGGAGUUGCAUUAGGAGUAAGUUUUUUGAGGGGUCAAUAUCUUUGUAGAGUAAUGUGACUGUAUUCUCUUUUUUUUAUUUCUCAUCCCCUCGCAGGCAAAGCUUACCUAGCCCAGUCUCCUCAGCUGUACAAGCAAAUGGUCCUUUGUGCUGACUUUGACAGAGUGUUCACCAUUGGCUCAGGUACAAAAACCAUUUGACAAGCGACAUUUUUGCCAGAAAGGUGGCCGUGAUUACAACUAUGGAAAAAACAAUAUUUCAUUCGCAAAAUGUUAAAAAAUGCAAAACCAGUGCAAUAGCUUUGUGUACUUUUAAUCUUUGGUUGCUUUUUAAACGUCAUAGAUAUGAAUUACCUUGUUGCUUGAGGUAGUUUUUCUUCUAGUUUUUUAAGAGGGUAUCAGUGUGACGGUAGCUUCAUCGGUGGACAGUUGACACCGGCGGAUUCGCGGUUAUUAAGUAGAAAUUUAGUCCACGUUUUUGAGUAAAUAUUUACCUCUGUAUAAAUUAAUGUUAACUGUUGUGUUUUGGAGGUUGACUUGGCCUUUCACUUUUAAAAUUUCAAAAUACUUUCAGAAAUAAGCGAGUUGUAAUGUCUUGUAAUGUCUAGAUAGAGUGUUCUUGGGAACUUGAGAACUAGUUUUUCAGCUUCCUUAAGGACUCUAGAAGCCAGAAGUCCAUAAAGAUCAGCUGAAAUAGUGAGAUUUGUAUACCAUGAAUUUUUUUGAUGGUUAAUAUUGAUCUGCAUUUUUAGCGGUUGAUGGUACAAAAUUACCCUUUUCAACGGCGCACAGUUAAGCCCAUUAAGACCCUCUCUUAAUGAUUUGUAUUUUGUUUUGCUGAUUCAAUUUAGUUUUCCGGGCUGAGGACAGCAACACUCACAGGCAUUUAACAGAGUUUAUUGGUCUUGAUAUUGAGAUGACUUUCAGUGAACAUUAUCAUGAGGUAGGUAAAAUAGUAUUGAAAGAUCUGUAAGUUUAAAGUGUGAAGCAACGGAAAGUACAGGCGAACCUGCCGAGAGCGACCACCAAAAUGAAAAGGGUGGGGGGUUAAGUAACAACAACGACAACGGCUACGAAAACGUCACUUAAAAAGUGAAUUUGCGCUGCUUUAAACUUUAUCGCGCUUAUUCCAUCUCGUUCAAUUCGUCAAAUGUUGGCGAAUUUUUCUGAAGUUGAAUUCUAAGAGACUGUAUCAAAGUUCAGAAAAAGAAAACGAGAGUCGCCUUGUGUUCACGUCCUCGACAAAACGUGAAACUAGGCAGUUUCACGUCGUAGUCGUGCAAUGACGGGAAAGAAAGUUACAAAAAAGCGUGAUGCACGUGCGAAGUUGUUGUUUUGUCCAAUCUAAACCUAUUGCUUUUUUGCCGUUCUCGUUGCCGUCGCCGCCGUCGUUGUUUAAGCUCCCUAGUUAGUGGUCGCUUUCGGAAGGUGGUCGCUUACGAGAAUCGAACUGCAAGUGACCUUUACGAGGAGAAGUGCGGACACAUCAAAUUUGUUGUCAUCCAUGUUGUGUCUAAAAGUUCUUUCCAUACUCUGAGUAAAUGUGGUAGAUACAGUGAUCUCAGAGAUCAGACCAUUGUAUAAGGUGGACGCUUAGAAGAGGUUAAAAACAAUGGAAAAUUCUAAAACAGUCAUCCUAAAAAAAGGUCGCGGUUGCUUACGAGAGGUAGUCUUUUACUAGGGGUUCCAACUGUAAGGUUUUGACUGGGAAACUAUUUGGUGUUUUGGAUAGGUGGUCAGUCAUGAGAGGGGGUCGCUUUCGAGAGGUGGUCGCACGUGGAGAUUUGACUGUAUUACAAUUACCUGUGAAUGGAAGAAUGGCCGGAUCAUUUUACGUUUCUGUGAAACUGCCCACCUACCCCUCCCCUAAGCUAGCAUUAACACUAGCUUCUUACUUAGGGCAAAAUGUUGGCUUAGGGGAGGUGUAGAUGGGCAGUUUCACAGAAACGUAAAAUGAUCCAAGUGGCCCAUAUUGGAUUACAUUGUAGACGACUUUGAUUUAUGAUUGUGGACACAUUCCAAAGCCUUAACGAAUCAUACCUUUUAUUUCAUAUUCCUAUGCGCUUUUUGAUGGUGCAUUUUAUUUGUGGCUUCUCACUUUCAACAAACAAAUGAUUGUCUUUUUUACCACAGGUGAUUGAUAUGAUAGGUCAAACAUUUGUUCACAUUUUCAAGGGAUUGCGUGACAGGUAACGUUUCGUCAACCAUUUUCUAUUAUUAGAGUUUUCCUGCAUUUCACAAAGUAUAUGAGUUGGAAUAAUCGCGAUGAAGAUUGAAAGAAUGUGAAUUCACUUUUUAAGCGACAUUUUUGCUGCCGUCGCCGACCCUGUAACCUGCGAAUACAGCCGUUUCUCCUCACUCUUCGCCGCUAGGGACGUUUCGCCAGGAGGAACUUCUGCGCCUCAGCGACAGAAAUUCCGUACUGAUGACGUAAAAUCUGUCCGGAAUCUGGUUAAGAGCUCUGAUUGGUCGACGGAGUAGUUAUAUUGUUUAAUUACGAAUGACUGACAAAAGACAAAAGGCCACAAAGGUCAAACGUAAACGUGGUAAAUCUACUACAAAACGGUCAAUAUUCCUGGAAUAUAUUCUUCUUUAGAAAAAGCAUCGCAGAAGUACACAAAACUUUAACAAAAUCGAUCAGGAGAAACAUAAAGUCAAACAAAUUUACAUUUGGAACCCAAUGACUACCGGAUUUAUUAUGCAAACACUGAUUUACGUCAUCAGUAUGGAAUUCUGUCGCUGAGGCGCAGACGUCCCUCCUUACAUUUGUUGGAUGCAGUUUUUCAGAAUAAACAGUGAUAUUCAGUUGCUCCCGACGAUACCUACACCUUGACGCCUUUCCGUAAUAAUGUUUUCACUUCCACAAUGAUUUUUAGGGAGAUAUCAUAUCUCCAAUUAUACUACUACAUGAGAAAUUUCUGCAGUUUGAUGGGCUUUAAUUUGAGAAACUUACAUGUGAAAAUUACAACCUUUCGCGGGUAGUAGUAUAAACAAAUAAUAACAUCAUUUGUACGUGAUAUUUGGCAAAAAUACCACUCGUGAUAUUUGAAAAUUGUCUCAAAUUUCACUCGCCUAACGGCUCGUGAAAGUACGUAUAACAAUUUUGAAAUAUCACUUGUGGUAUUUGUGUCAAACAUCACUACCAAUCAUGCUAUUACCUAUUCAAAUGGAGUAAAAAGUUUAGGUACAGGAUAACCCCUUUUGGGGGGUUAUGUUAACUACUCAGUAUUAACUCCAAAUCUGGGGUGAUUUUUACUCCUGAAAAAGAGUUUUUUAAACUCCUUUUUGGAGUUAAAAUAACUCUCCCCAAAAAAACUACACUGUACGGAAUUAAAUUAAUCCCACUAGAGGAGUUUUUAUAACUCCUUGAAAAUUGCUGUGUAGCGUACAUGGAGGGAGUUUGAAUAUUCCUAGGACUUUAAAAUGAUUACUGGUUUAACUUUAAAUUGACUUGUUUCUCCAACAGAUAUGCUGAUGAUAUUGCCAAAGUACAGAAGCAGUACAACAGUGAACCAUUCAAGUUUCUGGAACCAAGGUUUGCUGAAAUGAUUAGAAUGAUUUUCUUUAAACAAAAGCAUUAAAGAUUUAAAAUGUCUACUUCUUGGUUUAAGCCCAAGUAUGUGUAGCCUGUCUGUAUACAGGCGCCCCCUUCCCUUUUUGUGAGGGGAGGGGGCGUCUGUACACAGGCUAAAGUAUGUGAAACUUCAGGUAACUUCUACUGUGGGACAAGUUUUCCAUCAGUAACUCGUCACCUUACAGUGUUCAUCUGCCAUUGUCUGCCAGAUUCACUGUUGUCCAGUGACAGCAUUAACAACUUCAAAAAACAAUAGGUUUAAUGAUCAAAACAGCUCUGCACGUGCAUCACUCUUUUUAGAACAUUUCUUUGACGUCCGCUGCACGACUACGACGUGAAACCUCCUAAUUUGACGUUUUAUGGAGGACGUGGACAUACGACGACGAAUUUUCCUUCCUCUUUUUGAACUUGAAUAACAUCCUUAAGAAUUCAACUCCAGGAAAAGUCGCCUGCAUUUGACAUAUUGAGCGGGUCCAAAUAGAAGCGAUUAAGUUUGAAAGAAUGCAAAAUCAUUUUUUUAGAGACGUUUUCACUGCCGUCGUUGUCGUCGUUAUCAGGGGUCGUUAUGUACGUUCAUUAGUGCUGUCUCAGUACUGUGCCAGGGUUCGUGUGCAGAUUGAAGAGGCGCAUGCAAAUCAUUGUAAACCAGAUAGUCGUUAAGCUGGGCGGCAACAGCUUUUUCAAUGAGUUUGGAAACAUUUUUGAGAUCAGACACUGAAGGAAAGUUAAAAAAAAAAAACUUAGGGUCAGCUUUGGCUUUCUUUAGCAAUGGUCGCAGCAUUGCGCAUUUUAGUUUCCUUGGCAUCUCACUAAUAGCAAGUGAUAAGUUAAUAAUCCUCGUAAGCAUAGGUACUUAGGUAGGAUAACACCAGACCUGGCCGUGAUGGAUACUGGUAGAGGGUCAAGUGAACACGACUUGAUUGACCCAGACUUGAUUAACCGAGUAACUUCGUUAAACGUUAGCGGUUUAAAAAUUUUGAAUUCUGAAUCCUAACUCGAAGUCAAACAAUUAAUAGCAAACGUGGUUGUUGUCAUUCCAUCAACAGACCGCCACGCGCAAUUUCCCCGCGGAUGCGUUUAUUCUUGUGCGCAAGAAAGUCAGCAAACGCGUUAGCAAGUUCAGCAUCAUUACAGGCCUUUGGAUAUAGCAACCUUCAGAGUUCCUGCGCAAAAGCAUAUUCACAGACUUGAAAAGACGCUUAGGAUCGUUAGAAUUUUCCUGAAUGAAAGUUGAAUAAUACGCUUCCUUGUUGCUUUGUAAUGGAGACCUUUAGAUUCUAAGACGAGUACGACUACGAGUACGAGAUUUUCUCAAUACUAAGUAGUAAGCACGCAUAAACCAGCGUCAUUUCGGCGGGAAAAGGUGAUAGUCGUCGUCAUUCUACUAGGAGUUUUGGCGAGAAUGUCGUGUUAGCGAACACAAUUAUAGCGGGGCUCCACGCGAAGGGGAGCACCGUGGGUAAGAAAAUUUGGUAAUCUACCCAUUCGAGAAAUUUUGGUGAUCACGUGACCGUACGUCCGACCGACCGUUCGUCCGCCCCACAGGCAUACCAAUGUAAAAUGACUCAAACAACAGGUAUUGCAACCCAAAUGCAACUCGAGGUUAUUUUGGCGGGAAAUCGCAUAGCCACCCGCGUCUUGUGAAGCGGAGACAACUAAAGAGUCAAUAAAGACGAAAACGGACUCAAAGCAGAAAUUGUUUCUGUAUCCUUGUUGUCUAAAGUAUUAAGCUUAAAUUAAUUGUCAUGUCCACAAAUUUGGAAUAUAGAGAAAAAAUAAAGUGGGCGACAGGCCAGCGAAGCUCAACGAGAAAAAGAGCGACAGAGAGCUAGAGCGGAAGAUAAGGAGCUAUUUGUUGGAAGAACAACAUGAAAAUGUUUUAGCGGCGGUAAGAAAAUGAGAAAUCCUAGCGGCCACCGAGUUGAAAAUGAGCGAGUGAAAAAAAGUGAACAACAACAGGUACCACAUUUCCUCCAGAAGACGUGCAACUAGGAAGUUUCUAGAAGUUUCACUUUGUGGUCGUGCAAAACAACGGUAAAGAAAUGUACGAAAAAAAAAGUGUGCUGCACGUGCAAAGUUGUUUUUUUGCUACUUAGACUUAAUAGGGCCGUUUAUACGAGAGAAAAUAAAAGCCGCGGCUUACAUAAGACGCGAACACCCUGUAUAAAUGGGACAAAAUCUAUGUUCACGGCUUAAUCAACCCAAGGCCAGCUCAAGUCGCGGCUUAUCCUGGCUGAGGGGUUUUGGGAUGGGCUUAUCCAAGCCGCGGCUUACCUUGGACGUGAAAGUCUUCGUAUAAAUGCACUCGAACGUUGUCCGCGGCUUGCUGAAGCCGUGAACGACUGCUGCGCAUGCUCUGUUUUCAAUUAUAUCCCAGACCUUCACGGCCGAGAGACGCGCGUUGCAGUGGCGGGAAAAUGAGUUUUGUUUACAUUUACAAAGUGGAAAAUGGCGGAUAGAGAUUCAUGUAAAAUUAGAAAUGUGUGGAGUGCCCCAGAAGAAAAACAAAUCCUGCUCAUAUGCAGCGCGAGUUGAGAUUCCGGGGCAGCUCGAUGUCUGCGUUACCUCGGCAAGCGUAAGUUCUCCAAUUUUAAUUUUAAAUCUACGCUCAUUAAAAGUACAACCUGGCCGCGAACUAAGCCGUGAACCAUUUGUACGAGCAGACGCGUCUAAUAUAAGCCGUACUCGCAUAAAUGUUUCCUUUCGCGUCUUAUGUAAACCGCGGCCAGAGUAAGCCGCGGCUUAUUUUCUCUCGCAUAAACGGCCCUAUUUUUGUUUUUUUCACCGUUCUCGUUGCCUUCGCCGCUUAGCAUAACAUGAUUAUUUUUUUGUUUAAGCAAACUAUAAAUAUUAUCAAGAGCUUCGCUUUUAGCCCUGCUAAAUCUAUAUAUUAAAGUGUUAUAGGUUUUAUUAUUUUGCGGCUGGGAGAUUUGCGGCUUAACUUCCUUCAAUCGAGAUAACAUUGCUAAUUGUUUUGAUGAAAAAGAUGUGCAAUGAAGCUAUCCAGGGUGUCUAUUAUUUGACAAUACGCCUAAAAAACUUAAAGUUAAAUCUCUUACUCGUAGUCGUUCUCGUUCUAGAAUCCAAAGGUCUCUAACAGCUGGUUGACAAGGCCAUACUGCCGCAUUAUAUGGUUAAAUCCGCAAGUAGGCACGAAGAAGCGAAUCCUGUGUUCUGAUUGGUUACUUGAGCAGGCAAAAUGAGCUCAUCUUGGCCGCUCAGGAUUUCCCAUGUCAGUCCCGCAAGAACAAGUUCUCUUUUUGGCCAUAAAAUAAAUCCUUUUUUGACCAAGCUUGUUCGGUCAAGAUAGCUGGAUUCUUUUUGGCAUUUUUAUCGACCUUAACGUCAUCUUGGAGUCUGAAAGAGGCAAAAAGGAACUUGGCCAAUAUCCAGCCUUCUUGACCUCACGCUUGGUCAAUAACGCAUAUAUGUAGUUAGAAAAAAUCAAUAUGACACUUUCCAAAUCAACAACAACGUGAGCCAUUUGAAAAUCAUCCUCAACCAUACUAAAAUGUGUUGGUCAUUAAAGUUGUACUGUCAUCAUAUGAGGUACAAUGCUGAGCUGCCCCAGGGCCGCGGCACGGCUACUAUGAGCAUAACCCCCCGGAUUCUUUCAUAGAAAAAAAGGAUAAAUACAAUCAAUAGAACUUUCCAGGUGUCCAAAAUCCUGCCUACUAGCAUUGCUUAUACCCAGAAACUUGAAAUCUUCGUGGUCACCCUGAGGUACCCUCAUAUCAGUAAGCACAAGGUAAUGGUUGUUGCCAAGGCCCUUGGUUAUUUUAUUUUCUUCUUUUCAAUUUUUUUUAUUGUUAUUUUUUUUAGCUUGGUACUUACUUACCGUGAAGGAGUUGACAUGUUGAGGGAGGCUGGUGUUGAAAUGAAUUAUGAUGAAGAUCUCAGGUAAAACAGCCAUGGGUUACAUCUGUAGACUACUGAGUAGUUCCUUACAUUCCUCAGUAGAGUAAGCGAAAUAGUGAGCGCAUGAGAAAAUUGCUGUCCACGCCAUUCUCACGGGUGACCAUUCCCAGUAACCUCUCAAGUAGAGGUUUUGGAUCAUACGUUUCUGGCAAAAAGCUCACCUACCCCUCCCCUAAGCCAACAUUAACCCUUACGCCUCACUUAGGGGAAAAUAUUGGCUUAGGGGAGGAGUAGGUGGGCAGUUUCCCAGAAACGUAUAAUGGUCCGACGUUUUUAGGCUUCUUCACGCAUUCCACGUCUACUUGGGAAGCUACAUUUGUAGUUGUAUUCGCGUAUUUUGCUUUCUCUAAAAUCCUUGAGGAGAGUAGCAGAACUGCUCGAAGUCUAGGACAUCUUAACAGUGACAGAGGACGAGAGAAAAGGAAUAUUACCUUUAAGAACGAUGUACAUGAUUGUGUCUCCUUUUUAGAGGAUGGAACCCAUUAGUAUAUACCCUACCCCUUUGUGUGCUCUGAUUGGCUAGCUGGGCGGUGAUUAUCCAAGUACUAUUCACCGCCACUUCGGUGAAUAAUCGUUAUUUAUUUGAUGCUUCGUGGACGUGGGAAGUUUAGGCCUUAAAUGAUUCGGAUGAAGGCAACGUGCCCCGCUUAAAUUAACACCGCAUAUGCUGAUAGCAUUGUCCUCUAUCACCAGUCCAAUUACAAAGCGAUUAUCUUUGGAAAUAAGUUUAGGGUUCACGUUUCAGUUAAUACCGAAAAAUUCCGAAAAUAAGCCCCUCCAUGUAUAAGCCCCUCCAAAAAUAAGCCCCCAAACUCUCGCAACGCAAAAAACCCUCCGUUAAAUCUCCCCUCCAAAUAUAAGCCCCCCGAGGACUUGUACUUGGAAAUUGCCCUCAAAUACAAAGUAAAAAAAAGCAAACACGGUAAAUUUCCAUCCAACUAUAGGGCUAGCCCAAUCAAUUUUGAAACGCAAAUUUCCCUCCGUAGAUAAGCCCCUUCGAAUAUAAGCCCCUCACAAAGGGCCUUUGAAAAAUAUAAGCCCCGGGGCUUAUUUUCGGAAUUUUUACGGUGUCCUCUACCCUGUAACUUACACUUAGUUCAGUUAAUUCGUACGAUGGAUUGUCUUUACUUGUUGUAUCCAAGUGACAAAUCGAUAUCUACGUCUUUUCCUUUUAGCACUCCAAAUGAGAAGCUGUUAGGCAAACUUGUCAAACAGAAGUAUGACACAGACUUCUUCAUUCUGGAUAAAUAUCCGCUGUGUGUUCGACCGUUCUACACCAUGCCUGACCCACAUAACCCUGUAAGUACUGAAAAGCAACAUAAGCAACAGUAAACUCUCUUUCAUUCACCCAAAAAAGAAUGGUGUCUGCUAUUGGCCAAUUUUUGUUUGUGCCUAGGACUGGCUGGGGUUUUUUCGAAUUGCACUAUGGGAAUGUUUUGGGGGACAAAUUUGGGCCCAGUUUCCGGCAACCUCGGAAUAGUCAAUAGACCUUAUUCACGAUACCUUCCUUCUUUGCACGCGCUUAAGGACUGAUGGGAUAAAAGCGAUGUCACGUGGUUUCUCAGGGGGCAAACAAGUGAUAAAAUUGGCCAAUACAAGAAAUCGUGGUAGAGUUGGUUUAUUCUAGACAACAGAAAGUGAGGAAAGAUUAUGAGUAAAAACGAUUCUGGUAAAUUAUGGGUCAAAGUGAUCAUUGUUACUUUUUUGGAUGCAGUUAGCAACCGUGUAUGUCCUCGCAGCAAGCAAUAAUGACGAAAGACUUGUCGAUGCUCGAACUGUAGAUUUUUGCAAGACUAAAGUCAUCGUCUCGUUUAAAGAGAAUAGGGAGUUUAAUAAGCGACGUUUCUGAGCGACACACGUCAACCGGAAGUGAGCCUUUUUCUCUUUUAAUAUACCUUGACGCUACCAAAUUUGUAUUGCUAAGUGUCUUUACUCUUAAACAGACGAUUUGCCUAAGAAUUGGUUCAAAGUGCAAAAAGUGCACUUCCGGUUGACGUGCGUUGCUCAAAAACGUCGCUGCUUUAACUCCCUAAUAAACGAACUCGACCGCGCUCAGUCGUAUUUGGCCCCUGAGAUACCACAUGACAUUUGCUUUUAUCCCAUCGAUCAUAAAGCACGUGCGGGUAUCGUGAGUAAGGUCUAUUAAAAAGCGAUAUUGUCCCAAAGCCCCAAAAUAGUUUUGUGGGAGAGGAGCCCCAUCGGCAAUAGACCAAUUUCGAAAUAACAAAAUUCAUACUUGGCUACAAGGCUUAUAGGCUGUGUACAGACGCCCCUCUCCCCUGAGAAAAAGUCGGGGAGCGAGUCUUUCUCCCCGAUUUUUUCUAAGGGGAGGGGGGCGUCUUUCCACAGGCUACGAGGCCUACGGGAAUAAAACAGAACAAGAGAUCAUAAUGGGACAGAAGAAAUACAUUAUUCAUUGUUGAGCCUCAAGACGAUUUCUUUUGUUUUAUUCCCGUAAUCCUCGGAGCCAAGUAUUUUAAUACAUCGAAAUUCCAGGUUUGUCUAUUGAAUAAAGCACCGACCUAAGGUCUGUGCAACAUCAGCGGCAGCGGACGUGUGAAAUUUUGGCCAGAAGCAACUGACCAGAUAUGGCUACCUUGCUACAGGCAGAGCCUAGAAAGAUAUCUGUUUAGAAAAUAUUGCCUCGUCCCCAGUAGCUCGCAAUCACGUUUUUUUUGUUUGGGGAGGUGGGGAGGAUAUUUGAGUUAAUGAUUAAGGAAAGUGGGGGCGAAGGGGGUGAUGGGAAGGGCAUCACUCCCUGCUCGCGCUCUGCCCUCGUUCCCAUUAUCCCCCUCUCUCGCUUCUCGCUUGUCUCCAGUACCCCGCUUUAAAAGUCCCACUAAGCCUUGGGAAAGACUGUGGAGGAGGCCGUAGAGAAAAUCAGUUGAUUACACCGAGGCUUGAAAAAAUUGACUCUUUUCUGUCGGUUGAAUGAGAGUAAUAGACUUUUUUUUAACUUGAUUUUAUAAAUGAACAACCAGGGUCACUUUCGAGUUUGUGAAAGCUUAAGUGUUGAAAGAGAUUCCACAUAAUUCACAUUUCAUUCUGCUAUUCUCCCUUUCAAGGAAUGGAGCAAUUCUUAUGACAUGUUCAUGAGAGGAGAGGAAGUGUUGUCAGGAGCUCAGCGAGUACACGACCCCACCCUACUGACUGAGAGGGCUAAACUCCAUGAAAUAGGUAAGAUUCCUUGUUGCAUUAUUUUUUUUUAAUCUAUUCGCCCCCGGAUAUUUUGUUGUUGAAGGUUUUUUGGUGUUCUUUCACUCUCAUAUGCUAAUGAUUAUUGCUUCCUGGCCAUCCACAAAUGCGCGUUAAUUUUGUCCGUCUCUUUUUACUUAUCACUACAUAAACUUAAGUCACAAAUUUAAAUUAAGGGAAAGAAAAAAAGCAGCUCAUGUCCAGGGAUCAUGAAUGCGACGUCUAGUUAGAGACCUUUAGAGUAGCCUGCGAGCAAGCUCUCCAUUUGGCGGAGUCGCGAGAAGUCACGCGAGAGCUGCACGCAAUAGGAGACGCGAUAUUGUCGUCGUGCGUUCUCUUCGCUCGCCAUAAAUGGAGAGUUUGCCAGCACUAAGCAGUCUACCUUUAGAGACGAGGAAGAGAUUUUCUUACCAUGUAGUGCGCGCAUGUGAACUAGCGUCAUUUUUUUGUUUUUUUGUUUAAAUUGCACUUACGAAAAAAAAAAGAGUACAAAGGAAAAAGAAAAGAACACAACACUAUACAGCACUGAAAUUUACAAGUUGUAACAUGUGCAUUUGUUCGAUAAGUUACCAGCAUCAGUUUGGCGGGAAAACGCGACAGUCGUCGUCAUCGGGUCACUACAGGAAAAUGUCGUAGUGACGGAACAAGUUAUCAAAAGCCUCAUGUUUUAUCAUUUUGCGAUCGGGAUAUCACCUAUUGAACUUAUUCCGUUUUCUUUUCAUUUAUUCAGAUAUUGAGAAGAUCAAAGCUUACAUUGACUCUUUCCGGUACGGAGCUCCACCCCAUGGUGGAGGCGGAAUAGGUGAGUUUUUUCUUCUUUUCUAGUUGUUCAUGCAUCUAGGCCUUAUUCUAGUUAAAUAUUCACAUAACGUGUACACAAUAAUUAUCUGACUUGUAAAGCAUUUUGUACUUUGAAAUCCGGUAGGACCUUGAGCGUUUUCUGUAUAUCAUUUUGCAAUAUUCCUAAUUAAGCGUCCUCUAGCCUGCAUAGCAAUCGUUCCCGUGCGGUUUCGAAUCAAAGAACGAGGAACGAAAGUCAAAGACGGCGCGAAAAAUGGCGCGAGUGAAAGAGCGAGGAUUUGGGGGGGAGCGAAAGGUUGGCUCUCGUUCCAUUCAAAUUUUUGCGUGGCCAAAACAGAAAAUCAGCUUCGUGUCAUACAAACGUCUUUCUAGCAUUAUUUCAAGCGUUACAAACAAAAAACGUUCAAAAACAUUCAGGCUAACAAGUUUUAAAAACCGCAAUUGCGAUGCGUUUUAAUCUUCUUUAAUUUUGUCCGUCCGUGCUUUCUUUUGUGUUUGCUGUGUUACUUUUACCUUCAUUUAACGUUUGAGCGGUUAUUUUUAUAUUUUACUCAAUUUGGUGGUAGUUUUUACGGUAUGAAUUAUUAUAAAAUUUCGUCACACAACGCCUUAAAAUGAAUGAAGUGGUUACCCUACGAGCACAGGUUUCUCUCUUGCAUAGGUUUGGCGUAAACAAAGCAACUACGCGACAGACAAGCCACGUGAACGACUUCGUAAACGCUAAAAGCCAUGCAAGAGAAAAACCUCUGCUCGCCGGGUAGAAGGGGUUGGUUUCUAAAGAAACUGUGGCCGAGAAUGAAACACAAAAAUUUGGUUUUAUCGACAUUGUGUAAAAAGAUCGAAAAGCUGACUUGUCCUCGAGAUCUCUUCUUAGCUGUAAAAAAAAACGGCGUUAGCUGCUCAGGCUCAGUUUUCAACUGUUAGCUCUUCGUCAGAGCGAAUAUGGUUGUCGUCUUAUCAGCCUACAAGGAGUGUGUGUCAAUCGAAAGAAGCUCGGAAGGCCUCGGCCAUCUUGAGAUAUUUCGGUAAAUGGUCGGAAGCGUUCGUACAUCCUUCGCGCGUUCGGGAUUGGUCGGGUUUUGGAAACGAUGAAACUUCUUUUCGCCCUGAUGGAUGUUUAUAAGAUUUCUCUCGUAUUGGACUCGACUGUGAAUUGCCAGAGAAAUUUCAAAUCUCCAGAGUGCAUCCCCCAUUCACUGCGUAGUUUCUCCCGUCUCCUCCCUUGUAACCAACAUAGCGUGGGAUCCUUUACUUAACUUUUUUCCCGUCUCUCCCCUCCCAGGUCUGGAGCGAGUGGUCAUGUUGUACCUGGACCUUCAUAAUAUCAGGAAGAGUUCCAUGUUCCCACGUGACCCCAAGCGCGUCACUCCUUGAUUGGCAGCACGCCAAAUAAGGACUGGUGCCAAUCAAUGACAGCUAUUCAAGCAUUCAGUCGAGAAAUAUGCCACCACGAAAAAAAAUUAAUUUCUUUGGGCCUGUUUACAUGGUGGUAGGGGACCUCAGGCAGGUGAGGUAACCCGCUUAGGUGGGGUAACCCUCCCCCCUUUCCACAUAAUCUCUCGUAUGGUCUCACCACCAUUCACGUAAACGUGAUCAAAUUAUAAUGAGAGAUUAUAUGGACAGUCGGGUUACCCCACCUAAGAGGAUACCUCACCUACCUGGGGUCCCCCACAUCCAUGCAAACAAGCCCUUUUUCAUCGUAAUACGUAAAGCAGAACAGCUGACGAAUUUUAGUCUCGGUUUAGGUAUUUAGUUUUGGUAUUUGCAUGCUUACCGCUGUCUUUAAGAUGUAGAGCAGUGAGUUGAUACCAUUUUUAAAUACAAAAUCCUCUUUUCUGAUGUGUCUUGUCAUGUCGCCGUUUGUUUUUUGAGAACAAAAUACAGUAGAGCCUCUUGUUACGGACAUCCUUCUACAACUGACAGCUUUCUUGUUCCAAAAAGGCAUAUAAUCCCUACUCCUAUAGUAUGGACACCUCUCUCUUUAAAGACAGUUCUCUAGAUCUAAACGUCAUUCGAAAAGGCCUCCUUCUAGCUUUGCGUGAUCUAAAUCUGUUGUCAAUAAGUAACAAUGUUUUCGUUAUUGAUUUUUGCUUAGUUUUGUUUUGUUUGUUAAAUCGCAAAAACACUUAAUAAUUAAAAAAACAUAAAGUAUAUAAUGACAAUAUACAGUAUACUAAUUAACAAUAUACUAGGCUGCCUACCCCCUUCAUAAUCUAAAUCAGGAGGCCAUGAUCAUAGUAAUAUGGGGUUGUGGGGAAGCCCCUGGCAUGUAGCCUAUGGGUAGAGGGCGUACCGGCGCACGCACGGCGGCGGGGGGGUAGUGCAUCAUGUAACUCUGCCGCCACCAAUGAGAGGUGAGAGAGGACUGGGGACGGGCCAGAUGAAAAAGUUGUAGGUAGCUAUACAUUUCAUCCGAUCUGAUCUGUCUCCUCCACAUGUUUUCCCAAGGGCAGGAGCCCAUCCUGCCAAGGGUUAGUAGCGAGCACGGAACAAGCGAGAAGCGCGAGAUGGGAGGGAGCUCAAUCAAUAACAAUAAUUAACUCAAACCAACCUCGUUCCCAGGGUUUCUCGUCUACCGGCAAAAAGUAAUCGCGAGCGACUGGGGACGACGGAGAGUUCAUCGUCGACACAGAAGCAUAAUAAAAACAUAAAGGUGAUGGGGGUGCUCGUUGGAAAUUUUCGAUAACACUCCUAAAAGGUACCAGAAUCUUGUUUUAUGGGCGUGUCCCAAAUUCAUUUCCAUCCCUAAGAGGUACCGAUUCAAAACCAUAGUCGACUCCCGAUAACUCUAACCUUCAAGGGAAAACGAAAAAAUUUCAAGUUAUCGGGAGUUCUAAUUUGAGUUAUCGAAAUUUUGAAGCAAAUAAAUAAGCAGAUGGAUGGGAAAGAAAGGCAAUUAAGCAACGAGGUAUACAGGAAUGGACACUGAAUUUGAACUGGAGUGACGAAAAAUUAAAGACUAAGAAUUUACUUGGUUUUGACAUAAAUUCAAUGUUUCGGACUUCAGUACACGGUUUUUUUCUCGACUUGUCACGCGCUUAUAACAAGGUUCGAGUUAUCGAGGGUAAAAUUGUAUAGAAAUGAGCUGAAGGGAAACAAAAAUUACUUCGAGUUAGCGGGAGAUUCGAGUUAUCGAGGGUUCGAGUUACCGAGGGUAAAAUUACAGUAAAUGUAAGAGGGAAAUCCACAUUGGUUCGAGUUAGCGCGAGGUUCGAGUCUCUUCUCAAGGACUUUUUGUAAGUAUCGUCAUAAAUCUUUAUCCUAAUAAAGCGUAUCAUCUCUGGCAGCGGUCGUUUUAGGUUUCAGCACCCUAAGCGGUACCAAUUCACAAAUUUAAACCCCUAAAAGGUACGACAAGCACCCCCGUUAGUUGUAUAGGGAACUACCCUCCCCCACCCCCGCCUUCGGGCACAAGGGCCUCUCAUCAAUCACCGCC